GUUGUCCUUGUGAGCUGUCGUAGAUGAAAAGGAAGAAAUAUGGGAUGUAUAAAAUCAAAAAGGAAAGAGAAUCUGCAUGGAGAUGGGCUAGAUAUCAAGAAUCAACCAGAAAUACCAGAACCAUGUCUUUUACCAGGACAGAGAUUCAUCCCUGAAGAAAGAGAGGAGCAUGGAGUCAUUGUAGUAGCUUUGUAUCCUUAUGAUGGAAUCCACGAAGAUGACUUGUCCUUCAAAAAAGGAGAAAAAUUGAAAGUCAUUGAGGAGCAAGGAGAAUGGUGGAAAGCAAAAUCUCUCACAACAAGGAAAGAAGGCUACAUUCCCAGCAACUAUGUAGCAAAAAUAGAUACCUUGGAAACUGAAGAGUGGUUCUUCAAGGACAUAACCCGAAAAGAUGCUGAAAGACAACUCCUGGCUCCUGGGAAUGGUCCUGGGGCAUUCCUCAUCAGAGAAAGUGAAACGUUAAAAGGCAGCUAUUCUCUGUCUGUAAGAGACUACGAUCUGCAGAAUGGCGAUGUUAUUAAGCACUACAAAAUUAGGAGUCUAGACAAUGGAGGCUUUUAUAUCUCUCCAAGAAUAACUUUUCCCAACAUCAAUGAUAUGAUCAAACAUUAUCAAAAACAAGCAGAUGGCUUAUGCAGAAAGCUAGAAAAGGCUUGUAUUAGUCCUAAACCUCAAAAGCCAUGGGAUAAAGAUGCAUGGGAAAUUCCACGGGAAUCAAUUAAAUUAGUGAAGAAACUUGGAGCUGGUCAGUUUGGAGAAGUCUGGAUGGGCUACUAUCUUAAUAGUACCAAAGUGGCGGUGAAGACUCUGAAGCCUGGAACGAUGUCUGUGCAAGCCUUCCUGGAGGAAGCCAACCUCAUGAAAACCCUUCAGCACGACAAACUAGUUAGGCUUUAUGCUGUAGUGACUAAAGAAGAGCCUAUUUAUAUUAUAACAGAAUUCAUGGCAAAAGGGAGUUUGCUGGAUUUUCUGAAAAGUGAUGAAGGAAGUAAAUUGAUGCUUCCAAAGCUAAUAGACUUCUCAGCUCAGAUUGCAGAAGGGAUGGCUUACAUAGAGAGAAAAAAUUAUAUCCACCGAGACUUGAGAGCAGCUAAUGUCCUGGUCUCAGAUUUGCUGAUGUGCAAAAUAGCUGAUUUUGGACUAGCCAGAGUCAUCGAAGACAACGAAUACACAGCAAGAGAAGGGGCAAAGUUUCCCAUUAAGUGGACAGCACCAGAAGCAAUUAACUAUGGAUCCUUCACUAUUAAAUCUGAUGUGUGGUCGUUCGGGAUUCUCCUGUAUGAAAUCGUUACGUAUGGAAAGAUUCCCUAUCCAG